GAAGAACAUUAAACAAAUUAUAUUGGAUUUUCAAAUAGAAAUUUUUGUAUAAAGUUUUUUUUAGUUAUAUAUUUAAAUAAGAUGUUUAAGUUUUAAAACAAAAAAUUGUAUAUUGUCAAAAAUCGAGAUCUUAAUUUACCUUUAAAAAUUUGUUAAAUUCAUGUCGAAUCAAUCAAAUAAGUAUACAUAAUAAUCUUGUAUGUUCAUAUUGUAACCUUUAAAAUACUAAAUUUGUUUUAAGUAUAAUUUUCAUAAAAAAUUUUACAUUACAAUUCAAUAAAAGCGAAAGUAAUUAUUUAGAACAAAAAAAAAGAAAAUGCGCGAGUAUAAAAUAGUUGUGUUAGGUUCCGGGGGCGUAGGCAAAUCGGCUUUAACAGUGCAGUUUGUCCAAGGAAUUUUCGUUGAGAAAUAUGAUCCGACGAUUGAAGAUUCUUACAGGAAGCAGGUUGAAGUAGACGGUCAACAAUGUAUGCUUGAAAUACUGGACACUGCUGGGACUGAACAAUUUACAGCAAUGCGAGACUUAUACAUGAAAAAUGGCCAAGGUUUUAUAUUAGUAUAUUCAAUAACGGCACAAUCAACAUUUAAUGAUUUACAGGACCUAAGAGAACAAAUUUUAAGGGUUAAAGAUACUGAUGCUGUGCCAAUGGUAUUAGUGGGAAACAAGUGUGAUCUGGAAGACGAAAGGGUCGUUGGAAAAGAAUUGGGCAAGAGUCUUGCUAGUCAAUUCAAUUGUGCGUUUAUGGAAACAUCUGCCAAAGCUAAAAUUAAUGUUUACGAUAUUUUCUACGAUCUAGUUCGACAAAUAAAUAAAACAUCACCCAAUGAAAAAAAGCAAAAAUCUAAGAAGAAAUCAUUAUGUGUAUUGCUUUAAAAGUAAAGCGUUAUUAAAAAAGUAUAAUGAAUACCUAUAAAUAAUGUAACACAU